CGCCACACCCCCUUCGCCGCAGCCGCGCAGCCGAUGGCAGCGUCCUCUCCCGCCGUCGCUGUGGGCUCGGAGCUGCCGCCGGAGCCGGGCGGCAGCGGGAGCCCUGGCGAGGGGGCGGACGGGGAGCGGGAGCUGCUGCUGGCGCGACUGGUGCCCGCGAGCCGCCUGAAGGAAGCGGUGGGCGCGUCCCUGGCGUCGCUGUGCCUCGGCCCCCUCGGCGGAGCGCAGCGUCUCGGGACCCUCGUGGACUGCCUGGUGCUGAACUACCGCCUGCGGCAGGGGCCGGGCCGGGGCAGGGAGCGCGAGGCCGAGGGGCCGCUGCGCUGCUGCGGCUGCGGGAGGUUCCUGGGCGAGCCGGUGACCGUCCCGUGCGGGCACACCUACUGCCGCCGCUGCCUCCGCAGGGAGCUGCGGGCCCGCUGCCGCCGCUGCCGGGACUGGCUGCUGCCGGCGGGGGGCACCAGCACGGCCGCGGCCCCGAUGCGCACCAGCGUUGUCCUCAACCGGCUGGCGGAGAAGUGGUUCCCGGGCGAGUGCGAGAGGGCGAGGGCCGGGAGCCGGCUGGAGGAGCUGCUGGCCCAGGGCCGCUUCCGAGAGGCGCUGGGCGCCGCCAGCCAGGCCCUGCGAGCAGAUUCCAGUGACUUGAUGCUUAGGAUUUACAGAGCUGAGUCAUAUGUUGGCCUCCAAGAAUAUAAAACAGCCAUAGAAGAGCUAAAUUUUGUUAUUUCUAAAAUGCCAAAUUGGCCAGAGGUCUACUUCCGGAAAGGAAAAGUGCUGCAAGACUCUGGCUUUAUAGGUGAUGCCUUACAGCUGUUUCUACAGUGCUUAGCCCUUGAUGAAGACUUUCUUCCAGCCAAGCUAGAAGUAGAAAAGACAUUGUGUGAUGUUUUGUCACCAGAGAAGCUAGGUGAGAGUCUGAAGGAAUCUGCUUGGAAUUCAGUCCAUAUUCGAAAUAAACCUUUUCUGCUUGGUUCUGAGGUGACUGCAUCUUACUGCAACUUACAGUUUUGUCCUCAGCAGAGUUCAGGAGGAUCAGAUGUACUGAAGCCUGUCAGUGGAGGCUUAAAUCGUGCACAGUCUGCCCAUGCUCUUAAUUCAACAAAAGACCUUGCCAAGGAAGAUGGCUUAAAGAGAGUGUCUUCUGAACCUCUUCUCUCUGGCCAAGGAAAAAGUGCUUUGUUAAAAAGAAAGCUUUCCUUUUCAGAACAGGAUACAGUUGUAUGUGAAGAUGGAAGAAACAAACACAAAAAGCAAGGAGAAAGUACAAAAAGGGAUGUGACACUGGCCUUUGGAACAAUUCCAGGGGAUUUGAUUGAUGUAUCAGAUUUUGAGUGCUCUCUAUGUAUGAGGCUAUUCUUUGAGCCAGUUACAACCCCUUGUGGACAUACUUUUUGCAAAGGUUGUUUGGAACGAUGUUUAGAUCAUGCUCCACAGUGUCCACUCUGUAAGGAGAGCUUGAAAGAGUACCUUGCAAGCAGAAAAUACAGUAUCACAGAACUGCUGGAGGAAUUAAUAAUGAAAUAUUUGUCUGACGAAUUAUAUGAGAGAAAAAGAAUUCACGCUGAAGAAACUGCUGAACACUCCAACUUGACCAAGAAUGUUCCCAUGUUUGUUUGCACUAUGGCAUAUCCUACUGUGCCUUGCCCUCUACAUGUAUUUGAGCCAAGAUACCGACUCAUGAUUCGCAGGAGUAUGGAAACUGGAACUAAACAGUUUGGGAUGUGCAUAAGUGAUUCUCAAAAUGGUUUUGCAGAUUAUGGUUGCAUGCUGCAAAUAAGGAACGUUCAUUUUCUACCUGAUGGACGGUCUGUUGUUGAUACAGUUGGUGGAAAGCGAUUUAGAGUUUUACGGAGAGGGAUGAAAGAUGGUUAUUGCACUGCAGACAUUGAAUAUUUGGAAGAUGUUAAGGUUGCUGAUGAAGAAGAACUAAGGAAAUUGACAGAGCUUCACAAUUUUGUUUACAAUCAGGCCUGCAGUUGGUUCCAAAACUUAAGGAACAAAUUUCGCACUCAGAUUCUUCAGCACUUCGGGCCAAUGCCUGACAGGGAGGAAAAUAUACAGGCAAUGCCCAAUGGUCCUGCUUGGUGUUGGUGGCUUCUAGCUGUUCUCCCAGUAGACCCCAGAUACCAGCUGUCAGUUCUCUCCAUGAUGUCUUUAAAAGACCGUCUGAUAAAAAUCCAACAUAUACUCACAUAUUUUUCUAGAGACCAGUCCAAGUGACUAACCGCCUGGGUCUUCCUGAAAAGUUACUCUGUUCUGGUUGUAGUAGCAGCUGGAAUUUUUGCUGCCUUUGCACAUUUAGUACUGGUUUGAGAAGUGUAAUGGAACUGUUUUUUCUCUCCUCUCCACCCUCCCCACUUCCUGAACCACGUGGUUCUUUGAAUGCACACUUUCUUCAACUAUGAGAGAAGACCACUGACGAUUGCACAAAGUCAAUCCAGCUAGAUAUGUUUUUCACAUUAUCUACAUUAAAAUUUGCACUAUGUAGAAGAGAACCUUUUUGAGACUUGAUCAUUUUAGCAACUGACUUCUUUAAGCUGUGGAAGUGCAGGACUUAAGGCUGACAGUCCAAGUUUACAGCACUGAGGAGGUAUUAAAGGUUUUGCAAAUGUUUGCCUCAUACAACUGUUCUUUUGCUGUUUGCACAAAUAUUUGAAAUAUAGUAUUGAAUGUUACAGUUGGAUAUUACUACUCUUGUUGAAUUAUCUUGACCAGGAAUGAGGCACAGAUUUUGAAGUUUCUUGUAAUUGUAUGCAUCACAAAAUAGGUGACGUUAUGAACUGUAUGCUGAACUGGGAGCCUAUUUUAAGGAACAAAUGCAAAAAAAAAAAGGUACUUCUGUCUAAAAAUACUUAAACUGUGAAUAUGGUUUACAUACUUAGGCCUGUACAUGUUGAAGAGGAAACUGAAAUCUAAAUGCUAGUACCAGUUACAUUUCUACUGGACUUUUCAGGCUGGCAGUUCUUCCAGAGCACACACUUAGUUUGUAGAGCUUAGAAGAAGAAAUCUUAAGAGUGUGCGUGCGUGUGUCUGUUGGGGGUUGUGCAUCCAAGAUUCAAAAGCUUAAAGUUUUUAUUUGAACUUUUUAAGUUGGUGCAAAUGUGAGUUCUAUGCCUUAUUCAUAUCAAUAGUAGAGCACACUGCAGUGGCAAGGUUAGCAUCAUGCUGCCAAUAGGUACUUUUUGUAAUUAAAGUUUGCAUAUUUGUGAAUAUGUCUGAUACUGGCUUUCUUGUAUGUAAAUCAUUUGUAAAAUAUUUCUUAAAUCUUGCUUUUGCUAAUAUAUUUAAUUUUCAAUAAAAGCUAAAAGUUUGUAA